GGCAGACAAUGCAGACAGGAAUGCGGAGGGGAGAAAUCGGGAGCCCUGGGGAAAAGGGCCAGCAGCCGCUGCCAGCAGGUGCUAGGACCCCCAGGCCUUUCUGCCAACAGGGCUGCAUGGCAGGGGCACAGGGGGCUGGCCUGCCUGCAUCCCCCUCUCUGGCCCCCAGCUCAGCUGCAAAAUCCCAAAGGGAUACCGUGGGCCCUUAAUAAAUAUUUGCCCAACACUUGAAUGAGUUAAGGCAAGGGCGGUGGCCUAUUUAAAGUCCAUCCUCACCCUCCCCACCCACCACACCUCUGUAACAGUUACUGCUAGAUAAAACUCUGUGCUCCUGGUGACUGUCACCUGCAGAGGAGCCUGGCUGCGGUGGCCUCAUCAGCCUGCAGGAGCAGCUGGAACCAUGCCCAGGUACACGGUGCACGUGCGCGGGGAAUGGCUGGCCGUGCCCUGCGGGGACGCGCAGCUCACGGUGGGCUGGCUGGGCCGCGAGGCCGUGCGAAGGUACAUAAAGAACAAGCCAGACAAUGGCGGCUUCGCCUCCGUGGACGACGUGCGCUUUCUUGUGCGCCGCUGCAAGGGCCUGGGCCUGCUGGACAAUGAGGACCCACUCGACGUGGCGCUGGAGGACAAUGAAUUCGUGGAAGUGGUCAUCGAAGGGGAUGCCAUGUCUCCUGACUUCAUUCCAUCGCAGCCAGAAGGAGUUUACCUCUACAGCAAAUACCGAGAGCCUGAAAAGUACAUUGCCCUGGACGGGGAUAGCCUGACCACGGAGGAUCUGGUCAACCUGGGCAAGGGACGCUACAAAAUAAAGCUCACCCCAAUUGCUGAAAAGAAGGUGCAAAAAUCCAGGGAAGUCAUCGACAGCAUCAUAAAAGAAAGAACUGUUGUUUACGGCAUUACUACAGGCUUUGGAAAGUUUGCCAGAACUGUCAUUCCUAUCAAUAAGCUAGAGGAGCUGCAGUUCAACCUAGUACGUUCGCAUUCUUCAGGUGUUGGAAAACCACUAAGCCCUGAGAGAUGUCGGAUGCUCUUGGCGUUAAGGAUCAAUGUCUUAGCCAAAGGAUACAGUGGUAUUUCCCUGGAGACGCUCAAACAAGUUAUCGAAGCAUUUAACGCCUCCUGCCUGUCCUAUGUUCCCGAGAAAGGAACCGUUGGUGCCAGCGGAGACCUGGCUCCACUCUCUCAUCUUGCUCUUGGGCUAAUUGGAGAAGGGAAGAUGUGGUCUCCAAAGAGCGGCUGGGCUGACGCUAAAUACGUCCUGGAAGCCCAUGGACUGAAACCAAUUGUUCUGAAACCAAAAGAGGUUUGUUAUAAAGAAAACAGUAGGAACCUUCUCUCCCCUGCCCCAAAGGGUCUGGCGCUCAUCAAUGGGACACAGAUGAUCACCUCCUUGGGCUGCGAAGCUGUGGAGAGAGCCAGUGCUAUUGCGCGGCAGGCUGACAUCGUGGCAGCCUUGACCCUUGAGGUGCUGAAGGGCACCACCAGAGCCUUCGAUACUGACAUCCAUGCUGUUCGCCCUCACCCUGGGCAAAUUGAAGUUGCUUUUCGGUUUCGGUCACUCUUGGACUCGGAUCACCAUCCAUCGGAAAUAGCAGAAAGCCACAGGUUCUGUGACCGUGUGCAGGAUGCGUACACCUUGCGCUGCUGUCCACAGGUGCACGGUGUGGCGAAUGACACCAUAGCGUUUGUGAAGAACGUGAUCACCACAGAACUAAACAGCGCAACAGAUAACCCUAUGGUCUUUGCCAGCCGGGGAGAGACUAUUUCUGGAGGAAACUUCCACGGUGAAUACCCAGCCAAAGCCCUGGACUACUUGGCCAUUGGUGUCCACGAACUUGCCGCGAUCAGCGAAAGAAGAAUUGAAAGGCUCUGUAACCCCUCCCUCAGCGAGCUGCCCGCCUUCCUGGUGGCUGAAGGCGGUCUGAACUCUGGAUUCAUGAUAGCCCACUGCACAGCCGCAGCCCUCGUUUCCGAGAACAAGGCGCUAUGCCACCCCUCAUCCGUGGACUCCCUCUCCACCAGCGCUGCCACGGAGGACCACGUCUCCAUGGGAGGAUGGGCAGCCAGGAAGGCCCUCAGGGUCAUCGAGCACGUGGAGCAAGUGCUGGCCAUCGAGCUCCUGGCAGCCUGCCAGGGCAUCGAGUUCCUGCGCCCCCUGAAGACCACCACUCCCCUGGAGAAGGUCUACGACCUGGUGCGCUCUGUUGUAAGGCCCUGGAUAAAAGAUCGUUUCAUGGCUCCGGACAUCGAGGCAGUGCACAGGCUGCUGGUAGAGCAAAAGGUUUGGGACGUAGCUUCGCCAUACAUCGAAAAAUACAAAAUGGAGCAUAUUCCUGAAUCAAGACCUGUUUCUCCAACGGCCUUUUCACUGGAAUCUCUACACAGGAAAUCCAGCAUCAUCCCAGAGUCUGGGGAUCUUUAAAGGGCUUUGUCAUGGAAUUAUAGAUCAGAUGCUACUUAGUUUAACAGCAAGCCGUGUCAUGAGGAAGCAGAGACCUGAGAGCUUUUUUUAGGUAGAUCAAUUCAUUAUACAGUUCAGUUCUUCUAACACCUACCUUGGUUAGACUCGGGGCAGCAUCACAGUUGUUAAAUCUAGCACUGUGUUCUUAUCGAUCUGGUCCAAGGUCUAGCCAGCAGGUGUUUUCAGAGGGUAGGAGUUUUCUUUCUUUAAUGCUAUCCAAAGGCCACUCACUCCUAAGGGUGAGAAGAGCAGCCACACUGCAUGGGUCUUUUACUCUUAACAGUAGAUAAACUCAAAUCCUGAAACAGACUGACGGCGUUCUUUUCCCCCCAGAAUUAGACUUUGGUAAAAAAAAUUUUUUUUUGCUUUGGCAAGCUCUCCACUAGUUAACUUUGGCUGAGUGUACUAUGAUAUUGCACUAUAAAAAAUGUCCCUCAAUAUGCCUUCACAAAUAACCCUUUUAAAAAUCAUAAUUUGUCUUUAAGUUUCUCUUUCUUCCAUUAAAUUGAAUCAUAGUAAAGAAUAGUCAAUAGGUCAACAGGAGGUUUGUGUAAAGAAAUUAAGGAAUGAUUGCUAUCGGAGUGGCCCUUGUUGAACUGUGUGUUUCAUAUUUAUCAGUUAUCACUACACAUAUCCAAACAAGGACUCAGAUGCUUACACUGGAGGUGGAGGUUAGUAUUAUCACUACCUUACUAUGUGUUAGUACAUGAUUCACAUUGUUUCUUUUUUAUUGGAUUAUUGGGGUGACAUUGGUUAAUAAAGUUAUACAGGUUUCUGGUGCA